AUGGCUACGACGCAAGCCCGACGUCCCCUGCCCACGUCAUUGGAUGACGAGGACUUCGCCAAACGUUUGCGGAGCUCAUACGGAGCCGCAGCGCUGGGUGCUGCGAAGAAGUAUCACGAGUUCGGGAUCCAGCUCGCGCGGUAUCUAGAUCGAGUUGCAUUCCUGAGUCGAUGCCUGAACGUGCGGCUCAUCCCCGAGACUCACAAGUUGAAAAAUGAGAACGUACAAAACACCGCUAAAGUGACGACGAUUCUCAUGAAGCAUUCAAAGAAGCUGAUGAAGGCGGACCUCGACCACAACCGUCUGCGCAAAGAGCAAGUGGAGAAGAAUCUUGAGAGGUUAAUGUACAAGAUGAAGAAGCUUGUCAAGUGUCGUGAUGACUUGAAGCUCAUUCAUUCCAUUUGUCACGUCGACCACAAUAAGGAACUCAAGAAACUCCAGACGGCGAGUCGAGCCGAGUUCCGCAAACUCCUGGAAACUUACCGUAAGCCUUCGAAGUACACCGAUUUGGCUUUCAGCGAUGAAGAACCACCGAAAGACAGUGAUUCGAGCUCCACGGAUAGUGAUUAA